ACUAAUUCUUUUGGUAUUGUUGAUUGUGCUUCGAAAACUCUUUUAUAAUUAAUUAAAUAUAUUAAAAUAUACAUAUUUCGAGCGUCACGAAAGUUACCAAUAUGUUGAAGCAUGGUAGUCUUCCAGUGCGUUUCAAAACAAAGGAGUUACAUUACUUUAGUUGGUUGUAUAACAUUGCACCAUGUUUUCCUGUACAUUCUUCUAAAGUUAAUAUAAUUACUGAUCCUAGAAAGUUUUAUGAUACAUUAUGUGAGAGAUUUCGAAAUGCGAAUCGAAGAGUAUCUAUUGCGAGCCUGUAUAUAGGAACGGGAGCACUGGAACGACAACUUCUUGAGGUUACAAAGCAGAAUAUGUUGAAGAAAGAGAAUUUAAAGUUUACUGUAGUUUUAGAUUACCAAAGAGGAACUAGAGGGGAGAUAAAUUCGCGUACCCUUCUACAAAACUUUGUUGAGGAUGUUCCUGACCAAUGUAAUAUAACUAUGUACCAGACGCCUCGGUUGCAAGGUUCCUGGUCUAAGGCAUUGCCAUCGCGAUACAACGAACUGGUUGGUCUGCAACACAUGAAGUUGUAUAUCGCCGAUGACUCAGUACUGCUUAGUGGGGCCAACUGCUCCAAUGACUACUUCCAGCAAAGGCAGGAUCGAUAUAUUGAAAUACAGGAUGUUGAUCUUGCAAAUUUUUAUUGUGAUGUUAUAGAUGAAGUUAGUAACCACAGUAAAAAGUGUGUGAAAGAUGGCAUUGUAAAUGACAAACAAAGCCCCAAAAGUAUGGUAAUACAAGAUGUAAACAAGGGUAUCACAAGUCUUAUUACUAAAUGGAAAAGUUUACAAGAAUCAAAAUUGUCUUCUCAAAAGGAUUUUGUUGAGACUACAGACACUUGGGUGUUCCCAUUGUUGCAAAUGGGAGAGUUCAAUAUUUGCCAGGAUGAGCAGGCCACUCAUGAAAUGCUCGGGUGUGUCCCUAAAGGGUCAUAUGUCCGCUUGGCAACUGGAUACUUCAACCUGACAGAAAAAUAUGCAAACACUCUGCUAAAAGACUGCAAAGCAAAUAUUAGCCUCUUGAUGGCCCAUCCUAAUGCAAAUGGAUUUUUGGGAGCAUCAGGACCUGCAGGGGGCAUUCCACACGCAUAUUCUUUAAUAGCUAGAAAAUUCUGGGACAGAGUUGUCCAGACAAACCAAGCAAGUAGGGUGCAGAUGCUUGAGUAUGAAAGACCAGGUUGGACAUUCCAUGCAAAGGGCUUAUGGUACUACCCUCCAGGGAGCAACGUGCCGUGGGCGACACUGGUAGGCUCGGCAAACCUCGGCGAGAGGUCAGUUCGGCGUGACCUCGAGGCGCAGGCUGCCAUCCUCACUAUUUCACCAGAUUUACAGGAGAGGCUACAUGAUGAGUGUUCGAAGUUGCAUGAACAUGCAUCAGAAUGUAGUGAAGAACUACAAAAACGCAAAACUCCAUUGUGGGUGAAAGGGACAGUAGGUCUUUUUAGGACAUUCUUUUAAUUUCAUAUUAUUAUUUCUAACAGAGCAUAGUCAUCUGUUGAAGAGAUGAAGUCUGUUAAGUAUGCUAUCAUACAUUCACCAACAUGCUGUAAGUCAAUUAUAUUUUUCACAUUGCAAUAGAAAGCUGUAUAAGAGUAGGUAAUUCGUUUCGGCAAGCACUUGCAAAAUGACUUCAUACAAUAACCAUACUUACUUUCUUUUUUGAUCUCACAUAAUAAUUAUAAUAAUGUAUGUAUCACAGUUCACAGCUAUAAAUCUGGCGGCUGCUUUUGUUAUUAACUCGUGACACACAUUAUUUAGUAUUAUGAAUAUUAAUAUUAUUUUAUGUUCCAAAUCAGUCGUCAGUAUAACAUAUAAGAUAAAUGCUAGUCUGCAGACAAAACAGGAUAAAACAAAGCAAAAUGUUUUAUUGUCAUAAAAUGACUUAAUUUAAUAUUUAUGUAUGCUUUAAUGUUGUGAUAAUACUGUUAUUAUAAUGUUAUCAAUUACAAACAAAUUCAAUCCUU